AUGACGCAGGAAGACACAAACUGGAAGAACGUCAACAACUGGCACUGGGUGGAAAAGAACUGUCUUCCAUGGGCCAAAACUUACAUAACUGGUCGGCUCACCGGCGUCAAGGCCUCAAAGGGCAACGUCAACGUGUCCGUCGAAGAGGUCCGUGAGGUGACCGGAGAUGUCGACGUCAACCAACGGAAGGGGAAGGUGAUAACGAUCUUCGACGUGGCCAUCACGCUUGGCUGGGUUGGCGACUUUGACGGGUUGAGCGCUGCGGGCAAGAUUGUGCUUCCGGAAUUCAUGCAUGACACCGACUUGGAUGACCUGGUGUUCGAUAUCUCGAUGGACAACGACACCCGGGAGAAGGAGCCCAUCAAAGAUGCUGUUCGUAAGGAGUUGACGAACGAGAUCCGCGCUAAGCUCAGCUCCUUCUCGAAGGAUCUCCUGGAGGCCCACGUGAAAGACGUGUACAUAUCGGCCGACGAGAUGAAGGGCCACCCUGUCCUGAAGACAUACCAGCCAAAACCCGUGGCUCCGACGGAGACCAAGUCCACCAGCACCACAAAGGUAGUCGGUGGUUUAACGACCAUUACGCAGACGAUUGAAUUCGUCGCCUCCGCUCGGGAUGUGUUCGAAACCCUAUUGGACAAGCAAAGAGUGCAGGCGUGGUCUCGCGGCAACGCUGAAAUUGGGCGAGAAGUCGGAUCAACUUUUAGGUUAUUUGACGGAAAUGUUUCGGGGAGCCUGGAGGAAGUAGUUGUCGGGAAGAAGAUCGUCUGGAAGUGGCGUCAAAAGCAGUGGCCAGCGGAACAUCAUUCUAUCGUCACCCUGGACCUGACGGAGGGGCGUGACAACACGGUUUUGAAAUUGACUCAGAAAGAUGUGCCUAUCGGUGAGAAAGACUCUACUGAGAAGAACUGGACAAACUACUACUGGAACAGCAUAAAGGCCACGUUCGGGUAUGUUUCCUCUCCGAUUUCUCGAAAUCGCUCGAUAUCGCACGGUACUGCGCAGUCUGACCUUUGCUUUCGUCGUUGUGUAGGUACGGAGGUUUGUUGUGAGUCGGAGAAGCAUAUUGUGUACCCAAAUGUAUCUAUCCAUAGAGCGUAA